AUGGAUGACCCGCAGCAGAACCAAUAUCGGGAUACAGUCACUGAGAUACAGGACGUACAGGAUCGGCUACAGAAGCUAUAUGGCAAGGUGCGCACACUCACGGCACAGAAGAGUGAGAGUGAACAAGUGAAAAAGGUACGGCAGGAAAGGGACGAGGCUGUGUCCAAUGUAGAGAAGCGCCUGGAGUUCAUCACUUCAGACUUCUAUGGAUGUUCCCGUGGGCGUCGUAUCCUAAUGGUAGAUGCAGACGGUGAUACUAGGAUCGACGAUCUUGCUCGGCUUGAGGAGGUUAUGGAUAGAGACUCAGGCAUGGCAGCGUCUCAUCGUUCUUUUCGCAGGUGGGCAUUGGACAGUGAAAUAGUGCUCUUAGCGCGCUUCAUGAGCCUCCGCAUGGUAGAGGUACAAUAUCCACAACUACCUUCCAUGUUAUCACAGCCAGCUUGCAAAUGCUACGAGAUAUCGCCAACGUCCGAGAUGAAGGGCCUUGUUCAUGGCUAUACCCCAGCCUGGGGUCCCCAGGUUGUUCACUAG